AUGAAGGAUCCCGGCGGCCCCAAUAAGUCAAAUUUUCGCAUUCUGAUGUUCCCAUGGUUUGCUGUUGGUCACAUGACCCCAUUCCUCCACCUAUCUAACAAGCUUGUAGAGAAAGGUUGCACCAUCUCGUUCUUGCUGCCCAAUAAAGCCAUUAAACUACUAGAACAUUUCAAUUUAUAUCCUGAUCACAUCACUUUCUACCCUUUGAAGGUUCCUCAUGUUGAAGGUCUCCCUCUUGGCACUGAGACUGCCUCCGAUAUUCCUAUCCACUUGACUCAUUUUCUUUGCGUUGCCAUGGAUCGCACCCGAGACCAAGUUGAGAAAAUAAUACGCGACACAAAACCUGAUUUUGUCAUGUAUGAUUUGGCAUAUUGGAUACCUCAAGUGGCUAAGCCCCUUGGGAUCAAGGCAAUAAAAUACUCUGUGGUUUCUGCUGCUGCAACAGCAAUAGUUCUCGUCCCAGCACGUAAUGUUGUCAAAGAUAAGCCCAUGACCGAGGAUGAAUUAUUAGUGCCACCCGCUGGCUACCCAUCAACUUCUGUGGUGUUGCGAGGCCAUGAAGUGCGUUCAUUGUUCUUUGUUUCACAACCUUUUGGGGAGGGAACAACUUUUUAUGAGAGGACCUGUGCAGCAAUGAAAGAAUGUGAUGCAAUAGCUAUAAGAACGUGCUAUGAAGUUGAAGAAAAGUUGUGUGAUUAUAUGGGCAGCCAGUACAGGAAGCCAGUUUUUUUAACGGGACCCGUGUUGCCUGAACCAUCCAGGACUCCAUUAGAAGACCGGUGGGCUCAAUGGCUAAACGGUUUUGAACCGGGCUCAGUGGUAUUUUGUGCAUUUGGAAGCCAACACAUCCUUGAAAAGGAACAGCUUCAAGAAUUGGUUUUGGGGUUCGAGUCAACAGGUUUGCCAUUUUUAGUGGCUUUGAAGCCACCAGUGGGUUCAUCAACAAUCGAAGAAGCAUUACCAGAGGGGUUUGAAGAGAGGACUAAAGGGAGAGGAGUGGUUUGGGGUGGAUGGGUGCAACAAUUGAAGAUCUUAGAUCAUCCAUCAGUAGGGUGUUUUGUGAGCAGCUGUGGGUUUGGAUCGAUGUGGGAGUCUUUAAUGAGUGAUUGCCAAAUAGUAUUUGUGCCGCAUUUGGGUGACCAAAUCUUGAACACUAGGUUAAUGGCUGAAGAGUUAAAAGUGGCAGUGGAGGUGGAAAGGGAUGAGAAAGGAUGGUUUACAAAGGAGAACCUAAGCAAUGCUAUCAAGUCCGUAAUGGAUAAAGAUAGUGAAGUGGGUUCCAUGUUGAAAAAGAAUCACACCAGAUGGAGGGAGAUGUUGGGAAACCAAGGGUUCAUGAGUAGUUAUAUUGACAAGUUUUACCAAAAUAUGCAAGAACUUAUUGAUUAA